AUGAAGAGAAAAGCAUUAAGUAUUCUAUUAGCAACGCUGCUCGUCAGCAAUGCCCUACCGAUCACAAGCUUUGCGGAUCAGUUACCAGCUGAAGGCGUGGAAGUACCUAAAGAAACAACCGAAAGUUCGUCUGAAGAAGUUGAAACAGAAGAAAGCACUACAGAAUCAACGGAAGAAUCGACGGCCGAUAGUAGUGAAAAACCAACAACACCGGAACCAGUUGAGCCACCAGAAAUUACAGUUCCUUCAGAAGCAGCACCGGAAGAAACAGCUGAGAUCCCAACGCAAGAAAUUAGCCAACCAGCUGAAGAAAACACAGCGACAGUUAUUGAGGUUCCAGCUGAAGGCAUACGCUUUGAACGGAACGAAACAACGGAGACGUUUAUCGCUAAAAUUGGUGAAGAAGCGCGAACAGUAGGGCAGGAAAAAGAUCUGUACGCCUCUGUGAUGAUCGCCCAGGCAAUUUUAGAAUCAGGAUCAGGAAGCAGUCAGUUAAGCCAGGAGCCAAACUUCAAUUUAUUUGGUAUCAAAGGCGACUACGAAGGUCAAUUCGUUGUUUAUGGAACAUGGGAAGACGACGGUCAAGGCAAUUCUUACAACACCGACGCAGCAUUUCGUGUCUAUCCUAGUUAUAAGGAAUCUUUCGAGGACUACUCAGAGUUAUUAACGGAUGGUCUAACCGGAGAUACGACAUUCUACAGCGGGACAUGGAAAUCUAUGACAGAAACCUAUCAAGACGCAACGGAAUUUUUAACUGGUCGUUACGCAACCGACACGCUGUACAAUCAAAAACUGGAUUCUUUAAUUGAAACAUACAAUUUAACGCAAUACGAUCACGAAAAAGAAACGAUCAUUGCUGGUGGUGACUUUGAGCCUUUUGACAAUGUGAAUCAUGACAGCGGUAAUAGCUACGCAGCCGGCAAUUGCACGCAGUUUGUAUACAACCGUAUCAUUCAAUUAGGCGGUUAUGUUGAUUUAGAUAUGGGGAACGGCGCUGAUUGGGGUGCUACAGGUCGUGUGCGAGGGUAUGAAGUCUCAAAUACGCCAAAAGCGGGUACGGCUGUAUCAUUUGCGCCUGGUGUUUUAGGAGCUGAUCCAGAUUACGGUCACGUUGGUUUCGUCGAGAGAGUGAAUGAAGACGGAUCUAUCCUGAUCUCUGAAAUGAAUGCGGUCGGUUUAGGUAUCAUAUCAACGCGUACCAUUCCGGCAGGCUUUGGAAGCAUGUUGACCUAUGUCACACCAAAAUAA